AUGAUGAUGAUUGAUACAGUUUCCAAGGGCGACCCUCGCAGGGUGCCUCUCUUUGCGCUCCGCACCUUUGCUCUCCGAGCCAAACUCGACUGCUCAGCCCAUCUUUCCUCUCUUCCCCUCCACCCCCUCCCCCCAACCCCCACCACCCGAACACAGGGCGACCCUCGCAGGGUGCCUCUCUUUGCCUUUCGCACCUUUGCUCUCCGAGCCGAACUCGACUCCCAAGCCUUGCGAUCCACGCCCGAACCUGCUGCCGCUGCUGCCGAACCUGCCAGCGCCACCGCCGAACCUGUUAGUAUGACUGCCCCUGCUACAGCCAACGGGUGCCACCCUUCCUCCUCCUCCCUCUCCCCCUCUCCCUCCCGUUGGGAUGUUGAGUCCUACCUCAUUGCCGCCGCGCCAUUGGAGGAUCUGCUGGAAGAUCUGACGGACGAGGUGCAAGCAGUGUGGGAGGCGUCCCAACGGACGGUGUACGAUGUGGCGAUCACACUCGCCCCUGUCUUGGCCCAGUAUGCCUUGCUGGGUCGAGCCAUGCAGCUGGUGAUUCAGGAGAAUAAGCAGGUGGUGACUGGGGAGGGUGGGACUGGUGGUGCUGGUGAUUCUGGUGCUGGUGUUGCUGCAGACGCUGCAGCAGCGACCGGCACCAAAGGCACCGCCAUCACCACCAACACACCCACCACCACCACCGCCCCUGCAACAAGCGCCAGGGUAUCUGGGCGGCUGACAGUGCGAAAGCACACGCGAGUAGUUCCAGCAGUGGGAGACGAGCUUAUCCUCUGGGACGAUGGGUUAGACGACGUACGAGACCUCUUCCUCCCCGACCGCCGCGAGGCAAACCUCAACUCCUCCCCCUCCCCCUCCUCCUCCCCUUCCUCCGCUUCCUCCUCUGCUGCCGCUGCCUGCGCCUUCUCCUCCUCCUUCCCGCUCGGCGCCACGGUUCGAAUCGACUCCAUGAGCGAUUUCUCCUGGUUUGUCGCGUGGAACGGGACGUCCCCUGUGGAUAGCAUACCCAGCGAGGUGUCAGUGAAACGCGUGCUGCACUCCAUAGGCGCCCCUUCCUCCCAGCACGCGCUGCUGCGAUCCUCUGAUAAGUCUCUUCUCAUGGCUGUGACUCUCCCAGAGGUGAGGUUUGAGGCGGAGAGGCGGGUGGGAGAGCAGUUGGCGUGGGCUGUGGAGGGGGGGGCUAGGCUGGAGAUGAAGCAGGGGCGGGGGCAGUUUGUGGGGAGUGGGGGGGAUGUUGGGGGGAGCGGGGGAGGGGGAUCGGGGGGGUUGGCCGGGGGAGGCGGAGGAGGGGCGGGAGGGGGAGAUGGCGGAGGAGGGGGAGUGGUGCUGGAGCUUCCGGGGAGGAUGCCGAUAAUAGGAGGGAUAGGAAAGGGAGCAGGAGCAGCAGCAGGAGGAGCAGGAGGAGCAGGAGGAGCAGGAGGAGCAGCAGCAGGAACAACAGGAGCAGGAGGAGCAGGAGCAGCAGGGAGGGCGGGUAUGGGAGCAGGAGGCAGGGGCGCGAAGCACCAAGCCCUCCUGCGCCGAUCCUUUGCCAAACGUCUCGAAUCCGUACCUGACGGCACAGACUUGGAAGAGCUUGAACCAGCCAAGGCGAUUCCGUACGAGGAGGUGGAGAGGGCCACGCAGGGGUGGGCGGAGGAGGCGAAGCUGGGCGAGGGCGGGUCGGCAGUGGUGUACCGGGGGUGUGGGGCGGACGGGCAGUUGUGGGCUGUGAAGCGCGGGAAGAAGGGCGGGAUCAGCCGGCGAAAAUACUAUGAGAAAGAGAUCCACGCGGUCUCCCAGUUACGCCACCCCAACCUGGUGCGGCUGCUGGGGUUCUGCGAGGAGAGAGAGGAGCUGUUGCUCAUCUACGAGUUUGUACCCAACGGCAACCUGCGCCAGCACAUCGCGCCGAUCAGGGGCGAGGCGGCCAUCGAAGGCAAGCCGGGCGGCAUGCUGUCUUUUGACAAGCGCCUGGAGGUGGCACUGGGAGUGGCGGAGGCGCUGCAGUACAUGCAUGGGUGCCACCCGGCGAUUAUCCACCGCGAUGUGAAGACCCUGAACGUGUUCCUUGAUAUUGACCUGCAUCCGAAGCUAGGGGACUUUGGCAACGUGAAGGAGAUUAACGACGAGUCCAUGUCUCCCACACACACGCGGGUGGUGGGCACACCGGGCUCUUUGGAUCCGCAGUACUGCCAGACCAGCAUCGUGUCUGAUCGCUCUGAUGUCUACAGCUUUGGAGUGGUGCUUCUGGAGCUCAUCACAGGCAAGGCGCCCGUCCUCAAGGAAUCAGACGACGCGGGGGAGAGAAUGGCGCUCGCCAAAUGGGCCACCCCCGCCAUCUGCAGCGGCCACACGGACUCAGUAGCAGACCCUGUACUGCUGGAGUCGAGCACCCCGCAGGCACUGCAGGCGGUGGGCAGUCUGGCCGCCAUGUGUGUGCAGCGCCUGCCCAAGGACCGCCCCGCCAUGGGGGAGGUGGUUCGCAGACUGAAGACCAUUCGGCAGCAGGCCCUAGCAGCAGCAGCCACAGCAUCGGGCAGCCUCCGAGGCUUCCCUACGUUCGGCCGAGCAGGGUCAGGCUCCUCGCACGCUCAGGCACAGCCUGUGCAGGCAACUGCCAGUAGGUCUGGUGAGAUGAGAAUAGGGGGGAGAGGGGGGAGUGCACGGGGAGGGGCACAGCAGCAGAAGCAGCAGCAGCAGCAGUCACAGCAGCAGCAUGAGAAAGAGCAGCUUAAAGCCCCAAUUUCACCCAGAACCCACACACGCAGUGGGUCCAUCACCUCUCCUGAUGCUCAUGCUGCUGCGGAUGGUGGUGGUGGUGGUGGUGGUGGUGCGUCUACCCCUAGACCCUCCUCUGCUGCUGCUUUCCCCAUGCUCUCGCCGCGAAUCCCGGGCGGAAUAAACGUUUUCCAGAAAGAUUUCUGGCGCCCGAAAUUCCCGCCGGUCCGCUCGAAAUCGGACAUGAAUCUCGCGAACCUGCCCUCGGAAUCAGGCUCGGAAGGAAGCCAACAGGAAGGUUCCAGGGGGAGGGAAGCAGGGGGGACGGAAGCAGAGGCACCAUUGUCUGCUGUACCGGCAGCAGUGGCUGGGUUGGUGAGGGGGAGGAAGGGAGUUGAGAGGGUGGAGAGUACAGAAGAAGGGGAGGAUGGGGAACUGGAAGGAGGGUUUGGGAGGAGGUGGAUGGGAGGAGAUGAGUCGGAUAGGGAGAGUGAGGGGGGUGGUGGUGGUGGUAGGGGCGGUAGUGGUGGUGGUGGUGGAGGAGGUGCGUCUAGAGCAAAUAGCACCUCUCAGCUUCUCUCUCCCAUGCCUGCUGCUCGUGCGCUGAGAGGGUUCCUUCCGCACUCUAGGACGGUUUCUGGAGGGGAAGUUCCGACAACGCCCACAACGCCGACCACACCGGGAGGAAGGCCCAGGAGCAGAGGGGAGGGGGGCAGCGGAGGAAAGAGGGGGUUAUUCAGACGGAGCGAGAGCGGACAGAGCAGCAGGGAGCAGGAGAGGCGAGCGCUCAUGCUUGGGCUCCCGCACUCCAAGACAAAGGAGGAGGUGGGGGGAGAGGGCAGAGCAGGUGGCAAGUCCCCACGAGGAGGAGCAGGGGCGAAGUCUCCAAGAGGAGGAGGAGGAGGGAAGUCGCCGCAGGGGGGAGGAGGGACGAAGUCACCUCUAAUGGCCCCGUCGUCCCCGUUGCCUGAAACUGCCAAGAAGUUUCUGUCUGCUACGUUGGGGAAGAAGAAUAAGAUGGAGAUUCAAGCCCUCAUUGCACUGCAGCACGCCAAUCUGGCGGAGAUACUGGGCUAUGCGCUGGAGAAGGACGACGUUCAGAUCGCAUACGACCUCCCUCCCAACUCCGCCUCCCUUGAGAACUACCUCUUUCCAGAGGGCGUGGAUGGUGAUUUCCUUCCGCUGCGAGUGCGAGUGAAGGUGGCGAUAGGUGUGGCCAAGGGCCUGGCCUACCUGCAUUCCAAGUCGGUGGUUCACGGCAACCUCAUGUGCUGCAAUGUCAUGCUGGAUUCGAGCUACAGUGCUCUGCUGACGGGCUAUGGGCUGGCGGCGAUACUGGCCAAAGGGUCGUCCAAGAAGAUCCUCAAGGGGGCGGAGGGCAUGGGGAAGGACGCAUUUGACUUUGGCGUUGUGCUCUUCUCUCUCCUCACGGGCAGGCAGGGAGCACACAGCACAGCGCAGCAGCACGGAGCAGAAGCACUCUUUGACUGGGCCGAGCCCUACACUGACGACCUCGCUCGCAGCGCUGAGUGCGGCAGCGCUACAAGGCGCAUGGUGGUGCGCAUGCUCGAUGUGCUGGCUAAGGAAUGCAUGCAGGAUGACCCGCGGUGUCGGCCCAGCAUGGAGGACCUGGUGGCUGUUCCGCCUACAGGACUCCCUACAGGCGCAGUACGGGUGGACGGACUGCGGUGGAGAGUGGUCAGUACGGUGAGGCGCAUGGUGGUGUGCAUGCUCGAUGUGCUGGCGAAGGAGUGCAUGCAGGAUGACCUGCGGUGCCGACCCAGCAUGGAGGAUUUGGUGCUAUGGUGGACGGUGGUGGAGUGCGGUGAGGUGCUCUUUGACUGGGCCGAGCCCUACACUGACAACCUCGCUCGCAGCGCUGAGUGCGGCAGCACUACAAGGCGCAUGGUGGUGCGCAUGCUCGAUGUGCUGGCUAAGGAGUGCAUGCAGGAUGACCCGCGGUGCCGACCCAGCAUGGAGGAUUUGGUAGUCAGGCUGUUCCGGCUGCAGGACUCGCUGCAGGCUCAGUAA